GGGUCGGGCGGAACAUCAAAAGAACCAGUAAGGCGAGCUGGAACGUGUCGGAGCCGCUGACCUCGAGACGCACAGGCACGGACUUCAAACUCACCGGAGAGAACCCGACGGCGCGAGAUGACAGACGAUUGAAUGAAGUGAGCUGAUGUCUCGGGCUCAAAGUGUCCAAACUAACGACAACUAAAAACAAGGACGGACGUUGUUAUUGGCUCAACCCGCCGGCUCAUUAUCGACUGUGUGAGCGGGAACUCGGCGGGGACCCAUGAAGGAUGUGAGUUCGGAGUGGAUGCAGCCCUCCGCGGCGUCAUGCGCCUCGCCCCGCCGCCCAGCGCACACUCCUUGCGGCUUGUGAUAGUGGUGAUCCUCGUGAUGGGGGCGAGCCCGUCCCCGGCCAUGUCCUCCGGCUGUCCGGACCGCUGUGUGUGCGACGACCAGCGGGUGGUCCAGUGCGCCGGGCAGCACCUGACCCGCUUCCCCGCCGACCUGCCGCUGACCACGCGGCAGCUCAUCAUCUCCAAUAACCGCAUCGCGGAGCUCCCCCCGCUAGCGCUCAACUACCUGUCCGACCUGGUGUACCUGGACUGCAGCAACAACUCCCUGACGGAGCUGUCCGAGUCCACAUUCGGGAACCUCCGCCAGCUGGCCUACCUGGACCUCUCGUUCAACACGCUGACACGCGUGGAGGACCGGACCUUCGGGCCGCUGGCCAGCCUCGUGAUGCUGAGGCUGACGGACAACCCGGGGCUCGCGGACAUCCACCCAGACGCCUUCUCUGAGAACGCAGCCCUGCAGGUGCUGGACGUGAGUCGGAAUAACCUGACGGCGCUCAACGUCAGCUCGCUCGUGGCGCUGCCCGCGCUGCGCUCCAUGGGCCUGAGCGGGAACCCCUGGAGCUGCGCGUGCGACAACGAGGACCUCUGUCUCUGGGUGCACGUGGAGGGCUUUAAGUUCCAAGAGGAGGGCCAGACGGUGUGCGGGGCCCCGGCCGACCUGCGGGGCCGCCGCGUGGCUGAGGUGGGGCUGGAGCUGCGGGCGCGCUGCCACCAGGCGCUGGGCUCCUGGGACUACCUGUUCUUCAUCCUCAUCGGCUUCGUCAUCUUUGCGGCGGGCACGGUGUCGGCCUGGGGGAUGGGCGUGGUCAUGGUGCUCUACGAACGCUACGUCAAGCGCAAGGAGGCGCAGGGCGACCCCGAGGGAGGGGGCCGGGGGGAGGCAGAGGGGGAGGGGGGCGAGCGGGUGGAGAUGGGGCGGACGGGACGGACUAGCUCCGAGGGCAGGGGUCACCCGGGAAACGGGGACCGCAAGGCCUCUCAUGGGGUUUGA